CAGGCCGUUGCUAGGGUGGCGGCGUUGCUAGGGGAGGCCUGGCCGGCGGCGGCGGGAUGGCGGGCAACCGCAUGCAGAAGAUAGGGAGCGUGUUCAGCCGGACCCGGAACCUGCUCCGCAUCGGGGUGAUCGAGAAGCCGCUGUGGUUCGACGUCUACGCUGCCUUCCCCCCGCUGAGGGAGCCCGUCUACCGGCUGCCGCGGCCGCGCUACGGCAAGGUGAAGGAUGUCAUCCCUCCCAUCUUCUACCAGGAGGACGAAGUGCGAGCGAAAUUUUACAGCGUUUAUGGCAGUGGUCCAAGAGCUUUCGACCUGUCGCAACCAAACUACAAAUCUACUUGCCAGAGCUUUGUUGAGAAAUUCAAUGAACUGAAGGAAGAAGGAAAAAUUGAAGAGGAAAAAUUGUUUGAAGAAACGGGAAAAGCCCUUUUAGCUAGUGGGAUAAUUUUACAGAGAAGAGGAACAGAUAAAGUAGCACAACAGGAUCAUCAGGAUGUUGAAAGCAGGGAUUCUGUAUUGCAGCUGCAGCUUCAAACUGUGUUGGAAGAGAUGCAGGAAGAGAAGAAAGAUCAGAAGGAGCAGACACCAGAGCUGGCAGAAACGCGGAAGGAAAAUCCCUUACCCUCCUAACAGCCGUGCUGUUGUCCUGCGACGCUCAGCUGCAGAAUGUGCCCUGGCUGUGGCAGUCACCUGCUCAGGAGCCAGCAUUUCUGCCUCCACAACCUGGUGAUUAUGAGACGUUUUCUUAGGGGGAAUAUACCUCAGUUAUCCGGCUCUAGUGCCUUCCGUGAUUGUGUAUGUGGCACGCAUUCUUGUUCUUCCAUCUCCCCAUUUGUAAAAUUGGAGGUGAUAAUUUUUCUUUGAGGUUCAAGAAUGUUGUCUCAAAUUGUGAGUUGGAAAACAUGAGCAUAAAAGUGGAAAAUUAAACAUUUUCUUUAAAAAUUGGAAGCUCUACCUCUUCAG